AUGUGCCCGUCUGCUGCGUCCACCUCUGCCGACCCGGCGCCCGUCCCUACGACCGAGGGCGCCGUCCCGCCAGAGUUCACCCCCGUCGACACUCACGCCCCGAGCCAGCCAGAGGUCGUCGCUGCCAAGAACGGCACGACGCCCCAGCACAAUCCGUACGCGCCCAGGGCCAGCGACUUCCUCUCCAACGUCUCGAACUGGAAGAUCAUCGAGUCGACUCUGCGAGAGGGCGAGCAGUUUGCCAAUGCCUUCUUCGACACCGAGACCAAGAUGAAGAUCGCCCAGGCGCUCUCGGACUUUGGCGUCGAGUACAUCGAGCUCACCUCGCCCGCCGCCUCGGAGCAGUCGCGCGAGGACUGCAAGAGGAUCUGCCAGAUGGGCCUCAAGUCUAAGAUCUUGACCCACAUCCGCUGCCACAUGGACGACGCCCGCAUCGCUGUCGAGACCGGUGUUGACGGCGUCGACAUCGUCAUUGGCACGUCGUCGUUCUUGCGCAAGUACUCGCACGGCAAGGACAUCACCUACAUCAUCAAGAGCGCGAUCGAGGUCAUCGAGUUUGUCAAGAGCAAGGGCAUCGAGGUCCGCUUCUCGUCCGAGGACUCGUUCCGCUCCGACCUCGUCGACCUCUUGUCCAUCUACCGCGCCGUCGACAAGAUUGGCGUCAACCGCGUCGGAAUCGCCGACACCGUCGGCUGCGCCAACCCGCGCCAGGUCUACGAGCUCGUCCGCACCCUCCGCGGCGUCGUCUCGUGCGACAUCGAGUGCCACUUCCACGACGACAGCGGUUGCGCCGUCGCCAACGCCUUCUGCGCACUCGAGGCCGGCGCGACCCACAUCGACACCUCGGUCCUCGGAAUCGGCGAGCGCAACGGCAUUACGACCCUCGGAGGCCUCAUUGCCCGCAUGUAUGUGGUAAAUCCGGAAUAUUGCAAGAGCAAGUACAACCUCGCCAUGCUCCGCGAAGUCGAGAACUUGGUCGCCGACGCCGUCCAGGUGUCCGUUCCGUUUAACAACCCUAUCACCGGCUUUUGUGCUUUCACCCACAAAGCAGGAAUUCACGCCAAGGCGAUACUCGCGAACCCGUCGACGUACGAAAUCCUCAAGCCCGAAGACUUUGGCAUGUCGCGCUACAUCGACAUCGGUUCGCGCCUGACUGGAUGGAACGCCGUCAAGUCGCGUGUCGAGCAGCUCGAGCUCGAGUUGACCGACGAGCAGGUCAAGGACGUCACCGCCAAGAUCAAGGAGCUCGCCGACGUCCGCACGCAGAGCAUGGACGACGUCGACACCGUCCUCCGUGUCUACCACAAGCACGUCUCGAGCGGCGCUCUCGGACUCCGCCAACCCGCACGCUUCGACGAGCUCCUCGCCGAGCACAAGUCGCAGAACGGCUCCGAGGCUGGAGACGAGCCCGCGGCCAAGAAGCAGAAGACGUCUGCAUAA